AUGUCUACCGUCGCCAGAUCCCUCCGUCCUUUCGCUUCUCGCGUCCUUUCUCAGAAGGCCCCUCUUACCUCGAGCGUCCGCAGGGUCUCGCCCACUCUGUGUUUCCCGCGGGGAAGUGUCAGGAACUUCUCUCAGAGCCCUUUUUUGGAAGUCAAGAAGUACACCGAGUCUCACGAGUGGAUUGAGCUGGGCGAAGACGGCAAGACAGCCAAGAUUGGCAUCACAGAGUACGCCGCCGAGUCCCUUGGUGAUGUCGUGUUCGUAGAGCUUCCCGACGCCGACCUCGAGGUUAGCGCCGGUGAGGCCGUGGGCGCUGUCGAGUCGGUCAAGUCGGCCUCGGACGUCCUGUCGCCCGUCUCUGGAAAGGUUGUGCAGGGGAACAGCGUUCUCGAGGACAAUGCCAAGUUCAUCAACCAGAGCCCGGAGGGUGACGCCUGGAUCGCCGAGAUCGAGGUCAGUGACGUUGCGGAGCUGGAUGGUCUACUCGAUGAGGCCGCCUACAAGGCGAGCAUCGAUGAAGACCACUAAUUGUAAUGACGGUCGGUCGAUUGUUGCUCGUGAAGAUAUUGGAUUAUGGUAUAAAAUACAUGCGGUCUAUUAGAUGUUAAAUGACGGCUCUUUUUGUGUUCUGGAAUGUUGUAUGGAUUGAUGGGUAUUAUUAUGUGUGACAUCAUCGUUGAGCCGCCAGCGGCUGGUCUUU